UAUUUUCUCCUACAAAUUUAGCUUCCCCAACCGAAAAUCAAUACCUUCUUCACCUUCUCCACAAUUCUCUCACUACUUUCUCUCUCUACAAUGCACCCCAUUUCCCACUCUCUCUCUACAAUCCCAUCACACCCAUCAAUUCCCCAUGUCCAAACAAUCCUACAGCGUCUGCUUCUGCUUCCGCCGCAAGUUCAAACUGGCGGUGGCAGAGCCGCCGGAGGAGAUUAAAUCUUUGUUCAAUCAGUACUCUAAUAAUCACGGCGUUAUGUCCGUUGAAAAUCUUCAGAGAUUUCUUGUUGAGAUUCAAAGACAAGAGAAUGCUACCGUUGAUGAUGCUCAGGCUGUGUUUAAUUAUCUUAAUGAACUUAAACAUUUGAAUAUUUUUCACCGGAAAGGGCUCCGGCUUGAGGCGUUUUUUAAGUAUUUGUUUGGUGAAAUUAAUCCUCCGCUUGAUGUUCAACGUGGGGUUCAUCAUGAUAUGACUUGCCCAAUGUCACAUUAUUACAUAUUUACUGGCCAUAAUUCAUAUUUGACUGGGAAUCAACUUAGCAGCGACUGUAGCGAUGUUCCCAUCAUAAAAGCAUUGCAGAAAGGUGUGAGAGUAAUUGAAUUAGACAUAUGGCCCAACUCCACCAAAGACAAUGUGCAUGUUCUGCACGGCAGGACGCUUACAACUCCUGUCGAACUUAUUACAUGUUUGAGAUCCAUCAAGGAGCAUGCCUUUAGCGCAUCAGAUUAUCCAGUCAUUAUAACUCUAGAAGACCACCUUACUCAAGAUCUUCAGGCUAAAGUAGCUGAGAUGAUCAUUCAAACAUUUGGAGACCUCCUGUUUGUUCCUGGCUCAGAAAGCUUAAAGGAAUUUCCUUCUCCCGAAUCCUUGAAGAAACGAAUUAUAAUAUCUACCAAACGCCCAAAAGAAUAUCUUUUAUGCAGAGAGAAGGAGGGUGAUUUAAAGGGUGGGAAGGUUGGAUCUGAUGCAGAAGCUCGUGGGAAAGAAAUUCUCAACCUUAAAGGAAAAUCUCAAAUUGAUAACAAGAAUGAAUUGGAUGAAGACAAUACUGAUGAAGAAGAUGCUCCUGAUGGAGACAAGUCACAACAAAAUAUAGCACCGGAAUAUAAACAUUUAAUAGCUAUUCAUGCGGGAAAACUUAAAGGUGGAAUAGAAGAGUGUCUGAAAGUGGACCCUGAUAAAGUGAAACGUCUUAGCUUAAGUGAACAACAGCUUGAAAAGGCUGCAGAAACUCAUGCAACACAAAUUGUCAGGUUUACCCAGCGAAACAUGCUCAGGAUAUUCCCAAAGGGUCUUCGUGUUAACUCCUCCAACUACAACCCACUGAUUGGCUGGAUGCAUGGAGCGCAAAUGGUUGCUUUUAACAUGCAGGGAUAUGGAAGAUCACUUUGGUUGAUGCAAGGUAUGUUCAGAGCUAACGGGGGCUGUGGUUAUGUAAAGAAACCGGAUUUUCUAAUUAAAGCUGGCCCAUAUGGUGAUGUAUUUGAUCCUAGAGCUAAGUUGCCUGUGAAGACAAAAUUAAAGGGAUAUGGUAAAUCCCUUUGGUUGAUGCAUGGGAAAAUUAGGGCUAAUGGAGGGAUAUGGAAGAAACCUGAUCUUCUCAUGCAGAAUGACCGGGAAUUGUUCAAGACAUUGAAGGUGAAAGUAUAUUUAGGUGAUGGAUGGCGAUUGGACUUUAGCCACACUCACUUUGAUGCUUACUCACCACCAGAUUUUUAUACUAAGGUGUACAUUGUUGGGGUACCGGCUGAUUCUGCCAAGAGAAAAACCAAAAUAAUCGAAGACAGCUGGGCUCCUGCUUGGAACGAAGAGUUUGAGUUCCCCUUAACAGUUCCUGAGCUAGCUUUGCUUAGGAUUGAAGUACGAGAAUACGACAUGUCCGAAAAGGAUGACUUUGGCGGUCAAACAUGUUUGCCUGUAUCGGAACUAAGACCAGGGAUCCGAUCAGUUCCUCUUCAUGAUAAAAAAGGAAAGAAGCUCAACAAUGCAAGGCUUCUAAUGAAAUUCGAGUUUUUAUAAAACAACAUUCAUUCGGAAGGAUUUAUUCAACGUGUCGCAGACAUGAAUUAUUUAUUUAGAGACGCUUUUAAAAUGUGUCGACAAAAGGCGUCAGGAUAGACUUUUUCUUUCUUGUAGUGUUUGUAGAGUAAAUACUACAUGCAGUAAUACACUAGUCUUUGUCCUUGCAGCAUUGACAGGUUUUGCUCCAGAUUAGGUGAUUGCCAUAAAUUUUAUGUAAAGAGGCAUUGUAAGGUUUAGCUAUAAAUGAGAGCUUUUUGGCGUCAUUAUUCGCGAUUUA